AUUCAGCGGAUAAGUCGCAUCCACGCAGUUGAAAUAAAUAUAUUUUUGUUUUUAAUUUUUAUCAGUUCAAAAUGAGUGCAGUGUUAUGAAUUAAAAUUUAAUAAACAAAACAAAACGCAACAAGGCAGCUAGAAUAAAAGCGGAAAUAAAACAUACGAUUCUAUAGGGAAGCCAAUAAAUCAAAACAUUUAUUAAAAGUUCAUAUAGCUAUUUAACUAGCCCCCUGAAACAGUUAUCGCGUCAAAUGAUAUACUAUAUAUAGAAAGUACCCCCAAAGUAAUAGAAAUUAAUUGAAUUGUCAUGCUAAUAUUCACUUUAAAGCUAAUCUAUUGAUAAUACCCCUGCCCCUUGGCGGUUAAAAUUCAAAUUCUGAAAGCUGAGCAGCAUAAAAGCUUUCACAACCCUUAGGAAAAACAAUAUUUAACAGCGCCGGAGAGAACGCGUGUGCGCAGAGUAAAAAUGAGCGGCGCUGAGGCACCGGCCGGAAAUGCGGCCCCGCGACGCCAUAGUCAGAUCAGCCAGCACAGUGAAAAUAGUGAGAAUAGCGCCACCGGCGAUGUCCAGGUGCAGCGGGAAAGCUCAGGGCCUCGCAGCGCCUGCCAGUGGGUAUGGCACGUGGUAACAUCGAUCUCCGUGGAGCCCACCAUGUUCCUCUACAUGUUUGCCUUCAUGAUCACCUCGGUGGUGGAGCAGAACUUCUAUCUGUACAAGUCCUGUCGGGUGAACAACAACUUUACGGAAGAGGUUUGCCGCAAUCUCAAUCGGCCGGAGAACAAGGAAUUCAAGGAUCAGUCACUGCAGACCAAUGCCUGGUUUCUGCAGUGGAACGACAUUUCGGCUCACAUCUUUCCCAUUCUCUUGGCCCUGUUUCUGGGUUCCUUCUCGGAUCGUCGUGGGAGGAAGUUCCCCUUGCUCAUGGGUUUGGUGGGGAAGUUUAUCUACUCCUCAAUGGUGGUGGUCAAUGCCAGGAUGCCCACAUGGCCAGUGGAGAAUAUUAUCUUCUCGGCCACUCUGCCUUCAGCUUUAACGGGCGCCGAUGUGGCCAUCUUUGCUUCGUGCUUCGCUUACAUUUCGGACAUCUCGACGGUGCAGCAGCGCACUAUUCGUGUGACUAUCUUGGAUGUGGUCUACCUUACGGCCAUGCCCACAGGUGUGGCUUUGGGUUCGCACCUGUUUUACAAUGUUUUUGAUCAGUCUUAUGCAGACAUGUUUACUGUGAAUGCUUCCCUGCUAGCAAUGGCCAUUAUUUACACUCUAUUUGCUCUAAAGUGGCAAACCACCCCAAGGCAGCGAUCUCUUAGGGAGCUUGGCUGGUGUGGCUUUUGGGGAGACUUCUUUGACAAGCAGCAUGUGAAGGACUCUUUUGCUGUGUUGGUGAAACCUCGCAGGGCCCAUAGAAGGAGCUUCUUGAUCAUCCUGCUGAUCAGCAUGACCCUGUACACAUUCCAGCGAGACGAGGGCAGCUACCUGUACAUGUACACCCUGGACAAGUUCGAUUGGGAGGUUAGCUCCUACAGCAGCUUCAAGACCUUCAAGUCGUCGGCCUAUGUGAUUGCCAUGCUGCUGGGAGUGCCGUUGAUGAACAAGGUUUUGAAUUGGAGGGAUACGAUCAUCAUCUUCAUCGGAGCCUGGGCUCACUCGAUAGCUCGGCUGUUCUUCUACUUUGCCAGCAACACGGAUCUCCUUUAUGCCGGUGCCGUGGUCUGCAGUCUCGGACCAAUUGUGGGUCCCAUUAUCCGGGCCAUGACCUCCAAGAUAGUUCCCACAUCGGAGCGUGGCAAGGUGUUUGCCCUGCUCUCCGUUUGUGAUAAUGCAGUGCCCUUCAUCAGCGGUGUGUGCUACUCGCAACUUUAUCGGGCCACCAAAAAUACAAAUUAUGGCGGAAGUGUCUUCCUGCUGACCAUUGCCACCCAGAUGGCUGUCUUCCUGUUGAUACUCUGUAUCCAUAUUGUGCUGGGCAAAAACUCACUUGCCGUACCGGAAGUUCCGGAAAAAGAGAGCGGCCUUAUUGCCAAAAAGGAGGGGUUGCCCGCAAACCCAGAAGAAGUGGAUAAAUAUUAAUUAGCCCUCGCAUUUAGCUUUUAAAGUGUUCCUUAAAAAAAAGACAUAAAGCCUGACUUGCCAACUAUUUGUAAACAAAAAAAAAGUGCGUCACAAUAUAUUAACAAUAUUAUUAUA